GUUCUCCAUAGUGACGCGCUACGCCAUCUUGCAUUCAGCGAGCGUCGAGCUCAACAGAAACGCAGUUCGCGCUCCGCCGUUGUGAGAUCCCGGAGAGAUGAACAGUCAGAGCUCCCGCAACGAAACGGCAGCUGCCGCAGUCAACGGUUCGGAUUCAACGGCAACGGCUCCUCGGGACCGCAAACCCGGAGGAGGUGUUCCGAAAAGGCUAAAAUCGCGACGAAAUCAAGUGGACCGACGGCCUGUAACGGAGGAAGAGCUGCGGGCGCUGGGGAGAGAAAUCACUCCGGAUGAAGUUUUGGGACUUCGCGCAGUCACUCGCGACUAUUUGUGUAAACCAGAGGACAACAUCUACAGCAUUGACUUCACACGGUUUAAGAUCAGGGACCUGGAGACGGGCACUGUCCUUUUUGAGAUUGCCAAACCACCACAGUGUGACCUUGAUGAGGAGGAUGAGGAAAACGGAGAGGUUGACACCAGCGCCGGGCGCUUUGUUCGUUACCAGUUCACACCUGCGUUCCUUAAGUUACGCACAGUCGGAGCCACGGUGGAGUUCACAGUUGGCGAUCGACCUGUUACCAACUUCAGAAUGAUUGAGAGGCAUUAUUUUCAAGAGCGCCUCCUGAAGAGUUUUGACUUUGACUUCGGCUUCUGUAUCCCGAACAGCCGGAACACGUGUGAACAUAUUUACGAGUUUCCUCAGCUCCCAGAUGACCUCAUUCGAUUGAUGAUUGAGCACCCGUAUGAGACUAGAUCAGACAGCUUCUACUUUGUGGACAACAAACUCAUCAUGCACAAUAAAGCAGACUACGCUUACAACGGGGGCCAGUAGUGCCUCUUCAACAGGGAACCUGACGAUUGUUUGUUGGAGUGACCGUGUGGUUUUGCGUGGAAUGCAAAUACAGGAACGCCCCUCACUACCAGAGAACACGGUGUUGUCACCAGCAUUACGAUCCCGCUCCAUCGACCCGAUCAACUGGAAAUGAAUGUCCCACAUUCCACAAACUGCACGCACCACUUGUGGGUUUGGCCCAAAAAAAGUGGAGCCUUUCUCCUCCACCACACUUGACUAGCCGGAACUGAAGAAUUGUCCUGUCAUCCUGCUUUAGGGUGACUAAAAUGGAGGAGUUUUGUUUCGUAACCUUUGUUGUCUUACUUCAUGCACCCACCACCUUUUGUCCUGUUUUGUGAGAUUUUUUUACAACUCUGAAAGUUGUUAACAAAUUAAAUCCUGAAUGUUUAAAUGGGGUCUUUCUAAAUGUCGUAAACUGAAGCUAUCCUGCCACGUAUAUCUUUGGCUAUUAAACAGAAAGAGAGGUUAUGCACAGAUUUGCAGUUAUUGUUGAUCAUUUAAGUGAUAGAACAGAUGUUGUGGUUUAGUUAAUCAGAGCCAAUGCUGUUGCAACACUUUCGGACGUGAUCUGGGUUAGUGUGUCGAGUUAAAAAGGAUGUGAUCUGUUUUUUUACUUUGUGUGACCAUAACCCUAAAACAGUCGAUAAGUUGCAGUGUUUUGUUUAACCACACCACCGUUCAAAAAGUUUGGGUUCAGUAAUAUUUUUAAUGUUUGAAAAGAGUCUUUUAUGAUCACAAAGGCUGCAUUUAUUUGAUCAGAAAUACAGUAAAAACUGUAAUGUUGUUAAAUAUUAUUCAAACUAAAAAUAACGGUUUUCUAUUUUAAUAGAUUUUACUGUUCCAAUUUACCCAUUCACACCAAGAAUUAUAACUAUAAAAAUAACAAUAUAAGCAUCCACAUAUUGUCUGUUUAUUCUUAGUGCACGGUCUAUCUCCUGAGAACAAAAUGAGUUCUGAUUGGGUGUCAAUGUUUAUAUCGUUCAUCAAGUAAAAAAAAAAACAAUCAUCGUGCAAGUGAUUCCAGUGAUAUUGUUUGUGCUUUUAUCAGUAUAGCCGUGGUGUGGACUCUGCUAUUCUUUAAUAUUAAGAAUGAUUUUUACAACUACAUCUUUAUCAUUAUCUUUAUAGUUCUCGUCCUUGGUGUGAACAAGCCUUUACUCCAGUCUUCAGUGUCACAUGAUCCAUUGUUAAUAAUUGUAAUAUGCUGAUUUGCUCAAGAAACAUUUAUUAUUAUUAUUUGAACCCUAAACCGACCUUAUGUAGAGAUCAAGAUUGUGGUUUUUAAUUAAUUGUAUUUUCUUUAGUUCUUUUAUUUUCGUCUGACUGUUUUAUGUCAAUUCUUUAUCUGACAAAAAAAUUACUUUUUAGGAGGUAUGUAGUGUCGGUCCUUUAGGGAUCUGCAUGGAUAUGGCCGUGCGCACUGUGGGGUUCAUAGGGCAUCUGUUUUUGUCAUGUACGAGGGCUUUCGACGUCAGACUCAGCUGUGCAUACAGAAACCCUGUUUUCACUCGUGUCACACACAGAGAGGGUUGGGAUUCCUAAUAUCAAGCUGUUUAGCCUCUAUCAGAGCUUGAUGUUUACCUCUGAUCUAAUUCAACAUGAUGCUUAAUAGCGGUUGGGAAUUAGGCGAAGCGAUUGGUUGAGAAAGAAAAAAAUUAAAAGGCCAUUAGAACCCAUCAGAGACCUCUUAAUUUUACGUAUUUAAAUAUAUAUUAGCUUGAUUUGAUUAGCGUAUGAUCAAAGCAAAUUAUGUUGCAGUUGCAAAACACCCUUUGUUAUUCAUUAAAAGUCAGUCCUUAACUCUCAAUCCAUUCGCAAAACAAGUCAGUUCUCAUCUGGACGGUGACUUGCUUAUAUUCUUAAGUGUCCUUAAGAAAGAAAAGGAGUAAUUUGAGGCUAAAGGAACAAUGUUGCUUGUGUGUCGAAUGCCUUACUUGUGCUGUUUACAUAGGUCCAUGUUGACAUGCUGUACUUUACAUUGAGUAAUUUACCACACAGAUUUUGGUCUAUAUAUUAGUUUUACUACAAACUGCACACAUCCUAAAAUAUUUGGUUUUAUUCCUAUUAAUUCUCCACUUUAAAUUAAACAAUUCCCUUGUAGAGACCUAAUUAAGUGUCUUUAUAUUCUUUUGUCACCACAAAGAUGUGAUCUGCUCAUCUUUGGUGGUUUCUUAUAUAUCAUGGACCUAAUGUGUGGAUGUAGUUAUAGCAGUAACUUCAGGAAUGCAGCUCAUGCUUUAUAUUUGUUGUGUAAUAUGUCAACUGGAAUACAUUUGUCUCAUUUUGUCAGAUUGUAUUUCCUGUAUCAGGAUGACAUAACAUGAUAUUCUUUAACACAGCAUUCUGCAAAAUUAAUUUGUUUGUACAUUAGACAGAGACAACAGUGGCCAUGAGGUGAAUAGGGUACAUUAAACCUUAAAGAAACAUUUUAAUUAAUGACAGGCACGAGUGAUACUGAUGGCUUUAAGAUUGUUUAUAUUAAAUAUGAAUCUAAAAUAAAUUAUAUUACAUUUUAGCCCUUGAGGCUCAGUUGCCUUUAUAUGGUUAUUGUACAUGUAAUGUUACCACUGCUUUCACAAUGAUGUUACCCAUGUGUUCUGAGAUCUUAGGAUUUUGGUUUAUAGAUGUUGCCAGAAUCCACUUGCAGUCGAAGACAAGUGUGUUCCCUGCUUUACUCUCUUUUUCAGAAUAGUUGGAACAUUGUAUUAUACUGUGUAAUAAAAUAGGAAUUCUGUUCAGAUGUGGCAGGGGGUUUUGUUCAGAAAGAGAAAUAAAAUACAUUUUAUAAAC